AUGUAUGUGAAACCUGAUUAUUGGAUUUUAUUUGCCAGUGAUGAGACAGCGUUGAAAAAUAUUGUAAAAUCAUUGGACCGAAAAGAUGUGAACGUCAUGUGUAAAUUUUUCAAAAUUAAAGAGCUGUUAAAAUCAAGCACAAGAAACAAUGCCAUGGAGUUGUUGUAUGCUUUUUUGACUCCAAUCAUUACGCAAAAUAUUAGCGAGAAGGAGUCUUUGUUACUUUUACAAUUUAAACCACCAUUAUUCUUGAAUCCUUGUAACAAAGAGUUCUAUAUUGGAAACUUGUAUGAGAAGAAAAAUGUCACAAGAAUUGAGGAGAAGAGUGACUCGUUGAUUACUAUUUUAAGUUUAUUAGAACAAUGUGGCACUGUUCAAUCUUUGGAUAAUUGUGCAUUAGAAUUAUUGAGAUUUAAUGACAUUGGUAAUAUUGAAGAAUUUCAAACCAAAUUGUCAGCAAUACAUAUCGAGCAAGAAAAGAAGGACAAGAUAAUGAAUGCUCUUAAAAGCAAAGAAAACGCCACUUUCAUUAACAUGCUUGCAAAAGGAGCAAAAAACGCUUUGAAACAAUCUACCGAUGAAAAACGUGCCGAGUUUGCUCCAGAAAUCAAACAGAAGGCGUGGGACCAAUGUAAAUCUCUCUCAGCGUCCAAAACCAUCGAAGGUCUCAAUGAUUACUUUCGAUUAGACAUGUAUGGAUCAGUAAUUUCACUUAUUGGAACAAGUGCAGGCCCAACUGGUAUUCAAGUAGAUCACAUGUUCCCAGAUGCAUUAGGUGGGCCUAACACAUUAGAAAACGCAGCACCUAUUCAUUGGAGAGCAAACAAUAUCAAAUCGGACACACCAAAAGAAUUUUUAGAUUUAAAACCAGAUGGAAAGGACUGGUUCAACGAGAAACAGUUCAUUGCAUGUGCCAAAGAGUAUGGAAUUUGGUGUUUACUUGGUUUAACUCCAUAUGGAAUUAAGGAUGAGCAAGACAAGAUCAAGUUGCUCGAAUUGGACAAGAAACUCAAGGAAUAUCAACCACCCACCACUAAAAAGUCGACCUCCACUCAAGAACAACAAUAA